AUGACAACAACUAGAAAUCCAUGUCAAGCUGAAGGUGAUGAACAAUGUUCAAAUGCAGCUUGUGGAAUAUGUCUUCAUUGUUCUCGAAAUGUUUGUCUAGAACAUUUGAUUGAGCAUCAACAGUUAAUGAAUGCACACAAUCGUUUAGCAUUGAAUGAUUGUUCGGAAAUUCUCACUGAUUUAUCUACACGUUUCCAGGCAUUGACAAUACCAGAAGCGAUACGUGAAACUCCGAUUGAUAAACUUAAACAAUGGCAAACUGAAGCUCAUCGUCAAGUGGAUGAAAUAUUUGAGAAAAAAUAUGGUGAAAUUCAAAGUAAAGUUGAUGAAUAUCAACAAAUAUUCGACACAAUUCGUAAUGAAAAAUUGGAAAAGAUCAAUCGUUACAAACAAAAGAUAGUUGAUCUUUAUCGACGAAGUCAAAUAACUAACAAGGAUAUAUCAAAUAUUCGAGGGUCUAUCGAGCGAAUUCAGAACAAUCUUCAAAUAUUCGAUCAACAUUCAAUUGACAUUCUCGUCAAUUCACCUAUCACUUGUUCAAUUCAUGUCCGAAUGAAUGUGAACAAUUGGAAACCAUCAGAUCAUUCUUCCACUUCUUCAACCUCCUCGUCGACCUCAUCAAUUAUUCGUCAAUUGGAAUUUUGUUUAAAAUAUGUUUCACUAUCGGGUACAGUUUCAUCUCAUUUUAUUUUGGCUCAUGUUAAUGGAACAAUUGCAGAUUUAAUCGAUCAAUUUAUUUUAACGCAAGAUAAGACAUCGUUGACAAAUCUCAGACGAGAAUUCUUCUUAGUAACGGAAGUUAGUCAAGAUCGACUACGACGAAGAUUUACCAAUGAUACUCAAUUGAUCAGAAUUUUCAAUACAAUUGAUGAAUUAGUAUUAUACGAAACACCAUUCGAAUUGAAUAUGAAUAAUUUACAAAAGUAUUGUUUAAUUUUAUGUACAUUUCAAGAUGGUUUACCAUGGGAAAUGAAACUUGGUUUGCCAAUUCUAUUGAAAGUUCCACGUUUGCAUUGUCAAGGAAAGGAUGUCAUUGAUGAAUUAGAUAAAACAUUAGAGAAAUGUUUUCCUUUCAUAAUGAAUCAAAAUCAGAUGUCUUACGCAGUUAAAAUCGCAUCCGAUAAUCAUCAAACUGGAACAACAAUAAUACUUCAGGAAUUCGCUGAUGAAUUUAUUGAUGGUUACCUAUCGAUGGCAGAUAAUGCAACACUUAUUGUUAGUUUAACUUUUGAUGAGAGAACAACAAUGAAAAAUCAAUCAACGCAUUUGGCUCGUUUGGAUGGAAUUGUUAAAGAUAGUGAUAGAAGACGAAGAAGAAGUCGAAAAUAA